AUGCGUUGGAAAUUUUAUUCGAGCAUUUCUGACGAGUACAGAUGUUGUGGUUGCGUUCAUGUUAAGACGGCCACUUGUUUUAUUGGCGGAUUUAUUGUGGGAAUGCAGUUAGUUUUUCUGAUCCCACUACUACUCCUGGCAUCAUCAAAUGAUCAGAAGUUGUUGAAUAAUAACAAUAAGAUGAUCACUAACAAUGAAUCAUGGAAGCCUGAUGUAAAUGUCAUCCCUGGCACUACUUCACUUGCUACCCCACUCUCAUCAUCUCCAACUUCAACAACACUCUGGUGGAAGAAACAGUCAAAAUCGCUUGACGAAUCAGGUGAUUUGUUUGGUAGUAUCUUGUUCUUUGGAUCCUGUAUCAUCAUCACUGUCAUGCUCAUAUAUGGAACACUCGUAAAUAAACCGGGAUAUCUUACUCCGUUUAUGGGCCUGCAAGUUUUCGAUUUUUGCAUCAGCAGUCUCAACUUGAUAAGCUACUUCACUUAUGCUGAUGAUCUUAAGGUCUGGAUAAAAAAGAAUGGUAACUUGCCAUAUAAGGAUAAACUGGAGAAUCUGCAGCCGGACAUGCUCGUCGGAUUGUUCGUCCUCAUUUCAAUUUCUGUUCUUUGCUUAAAGGUGUACAUCAUGGGCAUAGUUUGGUCCUGCUACAAAUAUCUCUCCCAGCAAGUAGCCAUCAACAACAACAACAAUGAUGACGUUGGCGUCGUUAUCAGAAGACCAAAUAAUAAUAAUGAUGACGUCGAGUCUGCCGUUACCGAUGGUGAUGGGCUGAGAGUUGCUGAGAUCAUGCUCCCGCCAAAAUAUGAGGACAUCAACAACUUUUUUCCAGCACCCCCACCUCUGCCCGCGGACUACACCUUCCCACCCCCACCACCACCCUAUUCACAAAUUACUACAAAUACUGCUACUACUGCCGCAACGUCUUCUACUACUACUGUCGCUAUUGCAGCGACUUCUACUAAUAAUAAUAAUAAUUGA